GCUUGUUAGAGCAUACUCUGUUCUGGGCGUCACCAGCGUGUUCCUUCCUCACAAAUCACUCCACAACAACACGGAUCUCUGCAAGCUAGAAUGCGAGUCUGUUGGCAAAAACUCUCGUUGCUUUUGCUUAUACCAUAUUUGGCCAGAGGGGAGAAAGCAAUGCUGGAGCGACACCGGCGUGGUUUCCGGUCGUAUUUCUAUAACUACCUGGACGAGAUAGCGAUGUCUAUCUGUUCAGCAAUCCCAGCAGACGGCCCAGGGCUGAUAUACGCCGUACGGAGGACAUGUGGAGACAAGGACGACUGCCGUAAAAUCUGCACAGACCCCAAGCUACGAGAACAGGGCCCUAAAGAAGUUCAGCAAUUAACCUGGAACUGUACCGAGUCCCUCCAUGUAUACAAGAGACAGCCCUCCCUGGCUGAUAACUAUGACAACUACACGGACUCUCGUAAGCUUGGCCUGGCUGUCUUCAGGCAUCACUCGUGUACCGUGGUGGGCUGUGGACCCAACUACUGCUGCUGUCGAGCCGUGGCGCUCUAAGGAUCGUUCACGUAUCGAAUAAGUUUGACGCCGACAACGUUGUACGUUGUACGUUCACAUCUCAUACUCGAACUAGCAGGGUUUUGUCCCUUGUGAUUUCUGUAUCCCUUAACAAAAAUGUAAUAAAUCUCAAUUGCCUUA